UCAAACACCUCUAGGUCGGCGACGAGACUCGACGGAUUGGCAGUGUCGAGGAGCAUCGCCGUCCGACGAUAUCAUCAUGCGGUACCUACUCGCUGUCGUCCUAUUCCUGUCGGGAACCACCCUGGGAAGACACCAUUAUCCAAGUGAGAUUCAAGAAAAAACGAGAUUCGAUCGUUCUGUGGGUCAAAAUGAUCUUCAGAAUUCAGACGUUGAGGCUUAUGUUGAUGAGGAAACGAAAUAUGAAGCAUUCAGGCAACGGAACUCUAAAUCAGAGAUUUGUUUUUUGAGAAAAUCCAACGGAAAAAAUGAGGAAUGGCAUUUUACGACGAAUAAUCGCGGUAAAAUUGUUUUCCCGUCUGGUCUGGAUCUAACGAGAGUCGAGGCCUGGAAGUUGGCGGGAGGUAGAAUCGUAGACUUCUGCGAUGGAAUAAAGAUAAUACUGGUCGAGGAGAAUCGCCCAGCUCGCAGCGAGAACCAAGAUCCAUUUUUCAACGAAAUUCCUCUCGACGAGAAUGACAUAGUACAAAAGCGCGUAGUGGAUGUUGUUUUGGAGCCCUUGAGAACGCGGGCAAAACGUGAGAUUAUCCUAGAAGAACGCGAAAAGCAAAAUUCCGAAUUUGCGAGGGCACGUCGACAGGUGCGCGGGAGAUUCCGCGGUCAAACACAGUCGCAAUAUUUGAAUCUUGGCAAAGAUGCGACUAAAGAGGGAAAAGCUGAAGCCGAGGCUACAGAUCAGAGUUCACGGGCAGUUGUCAGCGGGACGAGUGGAAUGGGCCAAGCGCAGAGUAUGUCAUUAGGUGGUUCCUGCGAAGACUGUCCGGGUUACCCAGGUUACGCAGGUGUCGUCCCACCAGGGCAAUACGUACGGCCGGGUUUGCCCGGAAUCACUGGACCUGGAGAGGUUGUAAUCCCUGGAACUCCAGGAGUGUCGUAUCCACACACUGUUCCUGGAGGACGGCCCGGAGUAUCGUAUCCUGGUUAUCCUGGUGGGGUAGUUCAACCUCCAAGCACAGGAUUGCAGCCCGGCCAACCGGGAGUGUCAUAUCCGCCGGGUUAUCCUGGAGGAAUAGUAACAACUCCCGGAGUACAGCCUGGACAACCAGGAGUUUCGUAUCCCGGUUACCCUGGCGGAGUGGUACCCCCAGGAACAGGAGUACAGCCGGGUCAACCAGGAGUACAACCGGGGAGACCUGGAAUUUCCUAUCCACCUGGUUAUCCCGGUGGAGUUGCAACGACGCCUGGAGUACAACCGGGACAGCCGGGAGUGUCAUAUCCAGGGGGAGUAACGGCAGGAGUGCAGCCAGGUCAGCCAGGAGUCUCGUAUCCACCUGGUUACCCAGGUGGCGUCGUAACGACUCCUGGGGUGCAGCCAGGUCAGUCCGGAGUGUCCUAUCCCCCUGGUUACCCGGGAGGCCAACCAGGGGUGUCUUACCCAGGUGGGAUAGGACCUGGAGUUCAACCAGGACAACCAGGAGUAUCUUACCCGUCCGGUUACCCUGGAGGUGUAGUAACACGACCUGGAGCGCAACCAGGACAACCGGGAGUAUCGUAUCCAGGUGGAGUACAGCCGGGUCAGCCAGGUGUAUCAUAUCCGGGAGGACAACCAGGAGGGUCAUAUCCAGGUGGAGUACAGCCAGGACAGCCAGGUGUAUCCUAUCCGGGAGGACGACCAGGAGUCUCAUACCCAGGUGGAAUAUCGCCUGGUUACCCUGGAGGUGUGGUGACGCCUCCAGGAGUACAGCCCGGACAGCCAGGAGUUUCAUAUCCACCUGGUUAUCCAGGGGGGCAGCCUGGAGUAUCAUAUCCUGGAGCGCAACCUGGUGUCUCAUAUCCUGGUGGAGUGUCGCCUGGUUACCCUGGAGGUGUAGUAACCACUCCAGGAGUGCGGCCAGGGCAGCCAGGAGUUUUAUAUCCACCAAGUUAUCCUGGAGGCGCGAUCACAACUCCUGGAGUGCAGCCAGGCCAACCAGGAGUAAGCUACCCUGGUUAUCCUGGAGGAGUUGCAACGACCCCUGGAGCGCAACCUGGACAACCUGGAGUAUCUUACCCACCUGGAUAUCCUGGAGGCACCAUCCCUGGAGUGCAGCCAGGUCAACCGGGUGUCUCAUAUCCACCUGGUUAUCCUGGAGGAGUCGGAGCGAUCCCUGGACAGCAACCUGGACAGCCAGGAGUGUCUUAUCCCCCCGGCUUUCCGGGAGGAGUAGUAACCGCACCAGGAGUUCAACCAGGCCAGCCUGGAGUAUCUUAUCCUCCUGGAUAUCCUGCAGGUGUACUGACGACGCCAGGAGGGCAACCUGGUACCUCGUAUCCAGGUGGUGUUUCACCUGGAGUACAGCCUGGACAACCCGGUGUCUUGUAUCCAGGAGGUGUUCCUCCAGGAGUACAGCCUGGACAACCUGGUGUCUCGUAUCCAGGAGGUGUUCCUCCAGGAGUACAGCCUGGACAACCUGGUGUCUCGUAUCCAGGAGGUGUUCCUCCAGGAGUACAACCAGGACAACCCGGUGUCUCGUAUCCAGAAAGCGUUUCUCCAGGAGUACAGCCCGGACAACCGGGUGUCUCGUAUCCAGGAGGUGUUCCUCCAGGAGUACAGCCUGGACAACCUGGUGUCUCGUAUCCAGGAGGUGUUCCUCCAGGAGUACAGCCUGGACAACCUGGUGUCUCGUAUCCAGGAGGUGUUGUUCCAGGAGUACAACCAGGGCAACCAGGUAUUUCGUAUCCAGGUGGCGUACCACCUGGGGGACAACCCGGCGUGUCGUAUCCGGAUGGGGUACCAGGAGUGUCUUAUCCGCCUGGUUACCCCGGAGGUCUAGUGACAACACCAGGAGUACAGCCAGGACAACCAGGAGUAUUUUACCCGCCUAGCUACCCUGGGGGUGUAGCAACCACUCCUGGUGUUCAACCCGGACAACCAGGAGUACUAUAUCCAGGUGGAGUACCACCAGGGGUCCAGCCAGGACAGCCAGGAGUGUCAUACCCAGGUGGGGUCCCGCCAGGAGUACAGCCAGGACAACCAGGAAUAUCCUAUCCCUCAGGUUAUCCCGGAGGCGCAGUAACAACACCUGGGGUACCACCAGGAGUAUCGUAUCCAGGUGGAGUACCACCCGGAGUGCAGCCGGGUCAACCAGGUGUAUCCUAUCCAUCUGGUUACCCCGGAGGCGUUGUCACAACACCAGGAUUGCAACCAGGACAGCCAGGAGUGUCAUAUCCAGGCGGAAUACCUCCAGGAGUUCAGCCAGGUCAACCUGGAGUAUCGUAUCCCGGUUAUCCAGGCGGAGUAGUACCAGCCCCGGGCAUCCCAGGUACAAUAGUCUACCCUCCCGGAGCUCUAGGAGUACCACCCUCAAACAUCGCAUAUCCUCCGGGCGCACCAGGAGCCGUGCCAGCAGGUGCAGGUGACGAUGACUCCCACGCCUCGAGUUCAGUCACACAAACCGAUGACGGAACCGAAGCGAGUGCUUCCGCAGACGGUCGACUCGGCGAAGGAACCGCACAAUCCAAAGUCAGCGGAAUCUACACCGGCGCUGGAUCAUUUUCCGCGCAAGCGGGAACCAGUGACGGCAAAAAAGGCGCCCAAACCCAGGUAUCCGGAGGUAAAGAAGGAGCCAUAAGCAGUGCCCAGGGCACUGGAGGUCUCGGUAAAAGUCAGGCGCAAGUUCAACUCAACUCCGACACUGGAGCGACAUCGACCGACGCUCAGAGCAGCGGAUGGAACCACGGAACGAGUUCUCAGGUUCAAGCAAGUGAAAAGGGAGGACUGGCUGAUGCACAAGCAAACGGUGAGGGAAGCACCUCCAGUCAGGCGCAGAUCGGUUUCCAGCCAUACUCGGGGUCCCGGGAACAGGAGGAAACCCCCUCUAAACCGUUCCGAGGAGGAGGAACAGCGACUGCACAGAGUGGAACUUACCAGGGGCAGUCGCAAUCGCAAAUCCAAGGAUCUUUUCAAUACGGAAUCAGUUAUACCGGAGCAGCUCAAGCAGGAUCAGGGUCCGGCGCUGCUGCCUCGAGGAAACCCUUCAAUUUCACCAAUUCAGAUCCCAAUCUCUUCAAAAAAAUCGAAAAACCGGAUCCCAUCUCCAUCUCGAGAGACGAACCAUCACCCUCUACUCUUCCUCCCCCUUAUCAGCCUCAACAACCUGAUUCAACAGCAGCUUCUUCAGGAGAACAGUCACUGAGGACUUCAUCCUCAUCCCGAAAAAUAGUAAUUGCGAAAACAAUACCGCACAUGAAUCCGCCCAGCGAAAAACCCCGAGAGGAACCAGCUUACGAUCCAGAGAACGAAGAAUAUGACGACGAUGAGUACGACGACGACGACGCAGAUUACGAUUCAACAACAACGAGAGUUCGAAGCGGCGGGGAAGGGUAUAGACAGACUCAAUUGAUCAGAGUUGCAACUGCGAAGAAAUAUGACGCGAAUGUGCAGCAAGAAUCUUCUAAAUUUCACGAGGGUGAUAUUUUCCAGCCCGGUGAGGCUCUUCCAGGUUACACAGUCCCUCAAGGCUUCAGAGCGAAGAUCGCAUCAGUUUCAGGGGAACGAACUCAGGCCCAAGGUGGAAAUUCACAAGCGCAAACCGUAUCUUUGACCCCAGCUACACAAGAUCGCUCACAGUUACUGAAGAAUGGUGAUUCUAGAUACAAGAGUCUGCAUGGAUCUACGGGAAGCUAUAGUAGGAAUUCUCACAACUAUCCAAAGCCUCUGAGCGCUAGCAUCACUAGAUCCAUGAACCCAACUCCAGUGAAGCCAAAUUACGUGACAGUGACUAAUAGUGUGACAGGAAAAAUGGAUGACCCCCGAAGAAAAUACGAGCAUCGUUAUUACACGAAGAGCUCUACCUGCGGUUAUUUCACAUUCUCUUGUAACAUUGUGCAUGGCUCCAAUGGCAGGACCAAGAUUUGUAAGCCAAAAAUGCCGACCUACUCCGAUGGAACGCCCAUGAAGUGCUGAUGAUCGUGCAAUGAGACUCAGACAAUCACGUAUGUCAUAAUCAAAUACCCACACCUAUGAAUUUCAUGUUAUACUGAUACACAAUACGCUUGCUCCCAUAUACAUCACUCCGCAAAAUAUUUAUAUAUUUAUAAAUAAAAGUAUGAAGUCUUGAA